AUGUACUGUUCUAUACAGUGUCUGCUGGCAUCAAUUCACAAACCACGCCGACACCAGCAGCUCCCUGCACCCACCUGCACCCCCCCAUCAUCACCACCACCACCACCACCACCACCUAUCACGCUCCAUUGUCCUUCAUCCUCGACUGCAUCGCAGACUUCUAGCUCCAAUGCGUGGGCCGUAUCGAUGAGUGGCCCGUCCUCCUCCUCAACACCACCUCAGGAUCUUCCUCAAUCACACCCCGCCGCCACAGGCGCAAGAAGCACGAGAUCAUACUUGACCGCCCGCCCAGGCUCUUCGGAGCGUUCCACUUCCCGCCGUCGCCCUGCUGAUCCCUCCACCACAGGCGUCGCGGCUCGAAGCAGCACCCCGAUCGCCCUGCAGCCGUCGAACGCGAGCGAGAGCCCCUCGCAGUCGACGUCGUCACCGACCACCCCUAACCCCGGAGGCCACGCCUUGCAAUUAGCCCACCGUCAGAGGUCCGGUCGACAAUCGUCCACCUCCUCCGGCAGCUCCUACACGCAACCCGUGACCGGCUCCGGACACGCCGCCACUGCUCUGAAUUCGGGCAGUCGGUCGCGUGCUGUCACCUCAUCCGGCAGCCCACGCAUCCCAUCCACACUCGCAGGCCUGUCAUCAAACGCAUCAGGAGGAGGAGGCGGCGGCGGUGGAGGCGGGCCCGCAGGUGUUGGAGCCUCACGAUUUCUGCGUCACUCGCCAACCGUCUCGAUCUCCUCGUCCAUCACUCCCUCCACCCAGACCGGGACCAGCAGCCCCUCCGGGCAGUUGACCAGCUUGAUCCUCACCCAGUUGAACAUCCUCCUCAGCACCCUCAAAGAGGUCUCGGAUCGGAAGAAGUGGGAGACGCAGGCGGAGAAGAUCAGAAAACUCAUCCAUGACAGCGGGAUGGAGCUUCACGCACCCUUCUUCCGGCGUAUGCUGUUGAGCAACGCAUCAUCCAUCUUCCCCGGGGCGCCGCGUGCGCCAGCGUCCACGGAAAAUGCUGGCACCUACCCUAUGCUCGUGGAGGAGAUGUCCAAAAUUCUAAAGGAGCCGUCACAAGCGAACAACAUCGCCCAGGCCCUUGACAGCAACGACGGCGAUUUAUUCCGCGACUUUGACCUGUCCACUUUCGUCGAGCAUUUCAGACUGGAUCCUGUCGCCAAGGUGGCGCUCGUGCUUGCCUGCCGGGGCCUCUCCAAGCCGGACUUGCGUUCGAAAGCCGAGCCGAUAUUCGCCAGUAACUUCCAACCUUUCCUCGCCAGUCUUUCCUUCAAUGCCCCGCAGACCACAGAGAUCGAUCGCGACUUGGCCCCGGACGUGCUCGUGCAGAUAUUGGAGCGUCUCAUCAACGAUCCGCCUCGCAGCUUUGGAGAAGAGCAACGAGAGAAUCUCAUCUACGCCAUCCAAGUGCGAUACAACAGGCUGGGCGAGCGUGUGCCGCCGCCGGUGGAAUCGGUCAUGGUUUUGGUGAAGCUUUUGGAAUCGCCAGAUUCCAGAUUGGCAAAAUUGUUGCAGCGGACCGGCUCGCGAGGCACCGCCAGUUUGGAUGCAUGCAAAGAGAUGCUUGCUGGUGUGGAGACGAGGGACAUCGCUUAUCCCCAGAUCGCCAAUGCCUUGCUCUUUACCGCAAUUGUGCAGGACGGAAACAGCUUCGACACCGCGAUCUUCGUCCAGGGACUACGCCAGCACCGCGCCGGUCAGCAGAUCGACUGGACUGACGUUGUCGCCGGCUUCGACCAGGACUUUGUGCGCAUCACGAAGAAGCAGUUCCUCGCGUUGUACAAUGCGUUGUUGCCAUUGGCCAGGGAAUACGUCAACUUCGACAUCCAAAGCCUCUGGGGCGGAGACUGGCAGAAUUUCGAUGCACAACUCAGCUUCGUGGUUGCUUUCCUGUCGACCACGUCCGAGGAACUGAAUGUCAUGCAGAUUCCAAACCUGCGGCAGGCAUUCGAUCUGACCGAUUUCGCAACAGCGUCGGAGAGCGUCAGGGCCUUCGCGGAGCAGGCCAUAAAACAUCCACUCGUCUCGCGCGACGCCACGAGUGCGCUUUUCACCAUGAUCUUCCGUUCGCAGGAGACGUAUAACCUGGCGCAAGCCCUGGACAUUCCGGCGACCCUGAUCAACCAGAACAUGACCAUCUUCGUGUGUGCGGCCUCAGCGGUGCCGAAGCCGUGGGGACCCCUCCAGGAUCAAGCGCUGAAGCAGUUGUUCUAUCCUUUCCUGCGUAAGAGGAUUGACAAUUAUGACUUCGUCAUGCAUUCUCUGUGGCAACACGACAAGGGUUGGAUCGCUGCUCGCAUGGUUGAGUUGUACCAGACGGAGCAGAACCUGCUCGCCCUGAUUUAUGAACAUGCCGUCGACCAUGGAUGGCUCGAUGCGUUGUUGACGAUCCAGAGUAAUUUCGCGCUCGACCUCGCUGCCUAUGCUCACAGCAAAGGUCAGUGCAACCUCGAAGAAUGGUCUCUGCAGCUCGUCAACUCUCUCGGCAUGAUCAAUUUCGCCAAAGCCCUCUACGAAUUCCUUCGCGGUAAGAUCGACGACGAGUCCAUCGUACAGAAGGACCAGGGCUCGCCGCAGACUUGUCCUUUACGAGUCCAGACCGUGCACGCAUUGCUUUCUCUGAUCGGUGAUACUUUGCCCGAGGAUAUGACGGUCCAGCUGUAUCGUUUAUGUUUACAGGGCUACCCACGACUUUUCAACUACGGCGAAGACGAGAAGCGCAAUGCGAUCAUUGAAAGCAACGACGAAGAGCGAGGAAGCGUCCUUUCCCCAGAAGCUCUCGGGGAGAUGGAGGAGCGAUACAAGGAGAUGUAUUCAGGCAAGACCAACCCCGAUGCACUUGUCACAGAUUUGAACAAGCUCAAAGUGUCUGAAGAGCCAGAAGAUCAGGAGCUCUUCGCUGCUAUGUUAUAUGGUCUAUUCGAGGAGUACCAUUGCUUUGGCGAAUAUCCUAACGAGGCUUUGGCGACCACCGCGGUCCUGUUCGGUGGACUGGUGUCCUACCGUGUGCUGUCCGGGAUUCCUGAGCAGGCCGCCAUAUUCGGCAUCUUCGAGGCCGUCUCCGAGUACAACCCAGAAGAUCCGAUGUAUCGUUUCGGUCUCCAAGCCCUCAUUCAUCUUCUGCCUCGGCUCACGGAGUGGCCACACCUCGCGGAGCGCAUUCUGCACAUACCAAACUUGCAGGGUACACAGGUCAUCCCAGCGGCGGAAAGCGUGCUGCGGGAGCUGCAGCAAGAGAAUGGUGGUAUGAACGGCGACGAGACGAACGGCCUCGUCAACGGCGCUCUCGAUGACGAGCUGCCCGCGGACACUGUACCGCAUUUCUCGGCGAUUCGAGUCGACCCGCCGUUGCGCGAGAACUUCUACGAGGAGCCCGAUGAGGACAUUUCCGACAAGGUCACCUUCGUGCUCAACAACGUCUCUAAAAGAAACCUGGAUGAGAAAUUCAAAGAGAUUGAGACCACCCUGGAGGAGAAAUACCAUCAGUGGUUCGCGCACUAUCUCGUCGAGGAGCUAGCCAAGUCCCAACCCAACUUCCAAGGACUCUAUCUGCAGCUUUUGGAGAAUUUCAACAAACGGCUGUUGUGGGCCGAAGUCCUUCGAGAGACAUUCGCGAGCUGUCAACGCAUGCUCAACGCCCAGGCUACGAUGGACAACGCGCACGAACGUACGACCUUGAAGAACCUCGCAGGUUGGCUCGGCGCCAUUACCCUGGCUCGCAAUCAACCAAUCCUGCAUCGCAAUCUCUCCUUCAAAGACUUGCUGAUCGAGGGACAUGCGACGCAGCGUCUGAUCGUCGUCAUUCCUUUCACUUGCAAGACGCUGUUACAGGCUGCGCACUCCAAAGCCUUCAGACCACCCAACCCCUGGAUCGUCGAGCUGCUCGGUGUCCUGAGUGAAUUGUACCACUGCAUUCCCGAGCUCAAGCUCAACAUGAAAUUCGAGAUUGAGAUGCUGUGUCGCGAUCUGAAUGUCGACAUCAAAGACAUCGCACCCUUGGAUGUCAUCCGAUCCCGACCUCUACUGGAGAACCCGAUGAUGGCCGCAUACAUGCCCGAGGGCGGUCCGGACGCAUUCGGCGACAAUUUGCUCAUGAGUCUAUCCAAGCGGAGUCCUAAUGAUCGCUUCCAGCCCGACGCUGUCAUCAACGCUGUGCCCGACCUCGGCAAUAUGCUUCAGAUUCCGCAGGCCGUCGGCAAUAUCUCUCAACAGCAGAUGCGCGACAUUUUCGUGACCGCUGCACAGCAAGCCAUCUAUGAGAUCAUUGCGCCUGUAGUGGAGCGAUCUGUGACCAUCGCUGCAAUCUCUACCUCGGAGCUUAUCCAGAAAGAUUUCGCAACCGAAGGCGACGAGUCGAAAGUCACAAGCUCUUCGCACACCAUGGUCAAAGCGCUUUCCGGCAGUCUCGCACUUGUCACAUGCAAGGAACCGCUCCGCAUGAGCAUCACCAACAACAUCCGGCUUUACGCCAACCGUCACCUGCACGAACAACUUCCCGAGGGUCAGAUCUUGAUGUUUGUUAACGACAACAUCGACACUGUCUGCAGCCUUGUGGAACGCGCCGCCGAGGAACACAGCCUCUCCGAAAUCGACCUACAGCUCCAACAGUCGGUCGAAGAGCGCCGUCAGCACAACGAACAGCGUCCGAACGAACCGUUCAUGCCUGCUCCUGUCAAUCGCUGGGCGACCCUCAUUCCUGAACCUUACAGCCAAGACCGCAGCGGUCUCAACCGCCAACAGUUGGCAAUUUACGAAGAAUUCGGCCGUCAAGUGCGUCUCCCACCUCCGACACAUGGCAGCAGUGCUUCGGUCGACAACAGUCGCCAGUUGCCCGACGUCCUUUCCGACAACUUCGGCCUGCCAACUCCAUCCGAAGCACCGGCUCUGCCACGACAGCCUGCACGGAUUCAGCCUGGCCAAGCAAACCCCAACCACGCUGCUAAUGGGUUCCUGGACGAGGCAACUACUCUCCCUCGGGUGCUCCAACUACUGACUGACCUCCAACAGACCUGUCGCGAGGCUACCGAAGAGCACAUCAGUGAGAUUGGCGAGGGCGCGGCGAUCCGACAUAUCUAUGAGCAACUUGUCAGGCUACUCGACGCAGCAGCUCCCCGGGAUCAGAUUUGCUUGUUCGCUGGCCAGCAAUGUCUCAUCGUGAUCUAUGGCGACAAUGCGAAGCGACUCGAGGUUGAGGUGUUCGUGCGGUUGAUCACCCAGGUUUGCCGCAUUUCAGUUCAUGCUGGACGUAGCAUCACAAUGCAGCUCGCGACCUUUGAGGACGAUCGGAUAUUCAACGCUGCAGCCACCAUCUCAUUGCGCACCGAAGGCCUGAUUGACGUGCAGAACAUUGACACACAAGUUGCUCGGGCACUCUCUGCGCGCCGCAAGGUCGUGCUGCCUUACCUCAAGGACAUUCUCGAUGAGAUGCUGCUCGGCGAAAGUCCCGUGGCCCUUCGGACGGACUUUGUGCAGACUUACGAUGCCCUUAACGCCUGGCUGAACGACGAGCCUGAUCUGAAGAUUGCUCGCGAGAUCAUGUUCAAACUGCAGAUCCCAGCUGGUCAGCUCAAUGGCCUGCCAAGUCCGUCGUCGGAUCACAAGAACGACCAGCUCGAAUAUGUCUUCGAAGAGUGGGUGCGUCUGCAGCGAAAGGAGACUCCGGAGCACUCGUACCUGGCUUUCUUGCAGCAGUUGCAUGACCAUCGCGUCAUCAUCGACCCUGUUGACACCCUGGCGUUCUUCCGCACAUGCCUGAACAUGUCCUGCGCCUCUUUCGAUCGGUUGAGCAACAUGCCAUAUCCUACGCACGAUCAGGUCUUCAUCGAGGCAGAUGCGCUUGCGAAGCUCAUCGCAUAUAUGAUCAUCUAUCAGGGACCGAUUGAGGGUCAUGCUCAAAAUCAAGUUCAGCGGGCCAAAUCCCUCGACGCCAUCCUCAGAUUGAUCGUCCUGGUCAUGAAUGACCACCACAACAAGCAGCGGGAUCACUGGAACGGCCGCAUCUAUUACCGCCUCUUCUCUGCCUUGCUCUGCGAAUUGCAUUCCAACCGCGAGCAGAUGACCCAGGAGGAGGAACGAGAAGUCUAUGCUGUGUUUGCUAAGGCACUCUUGGUCACACAGCCGCGCUACUUCUCAGGAUUCACCUACCAUUGGCUUACGUUGCUGACGCAUCGUCUUCUGAUCCCAGCCUUCUUGUCUGGCAACGGCCGAUCCAAUGGCGGCUGGUUCGUCUUCUCCAAGCUGAUCGAGUGUCUGUUGACCAACCUGGAAGAGCUUCUCGCACUCUCUGAGACGCCGCCAGUCGUGCAAGACUUCUACCGAGGCUCCAUCCGGCUGUUCACAUUGAUCCAUCAUGAUUUCCCCGAAUUUCUGUCGGAGAAUCAUGUCCGCCUCAACAGUCAGAUCCCGAUGCAAUGCAUCCAGUUGCAGAACAUUGUCAACAGCGCUGCGUCUCGCAUGACGAUCCGCGACCAGCCUGACCCAUUUCUCGCGGGCUUGAAGAUCAAUCGCUUGGACGCCUCUCGUCACGCCCCGGUCGAGCAGACCGAUGUCCGCCGUAUCCUCGUCGAUGCUGGCAUUGGCAAUGCAGUUGAUCGCACUCUCACUACCAACGCGAUCGACGACACCGAGUUUGCUACGAUCCUCAACAUCGUCGACAGUCCGGGCCGCAACGAGCUCAUCACCAAUGCCCUUGUGUUCCACCUGGGUGUCCAUGCAACCCAAGGCUCGCCAGCCUUCUCGGCGGGCGCAGCUCCUGGUCGUCUCAUCGACCGCCUCGUUCGCGAUGCAAACGCCUCCUCGCGUGUCUCCCUGAUUCACGCCAUGACGAAUCAAGUGCGCUUUGUCAGCUCGCACACCCAAUACUUCUCCACGGCGCUGCAGCACCUCUUCACCGCCGGCGCCCAGGAGCUGCAGGAGCUCAUCCUGCGCGUUCUCUGCGAGCGCCUGGUGGUCGCACGCCCACACCCUUGGGGCCUUAUCGUGCUGAUGCUGGAGAUGGUCAAGAAUCCAUCGGUCGAUCUUUGGGGCUUGCCGUGGGUCCAAGCGGCCCCUCAGGUCGAGAACAUGCUCCGGGGCAUCGCUCGCGAACAGAGCCUUGCACGAGAGCAAAGCCAGGACUUUGCCGGGCGUUUCGGCGGUCGCCUGCGUGCGGAGUCAUAG